GGUAAUUUGCCUUAUUUUUGCAACUGCUUUAUUGUAUACAAAGUUGUCAAACCCGUCGGGUUAGUGCAUUGAAUAUUAAACACUAAUGUUCAACUAUCUAAACUAUUGUGUCAUUUAGCCAUGAGUGAGAGCAGAGACGAAGAUAAUCUACGUCUCUGGAGAAGUCUGAGAGUAACUUUUGCGGAGAGUAACUUGAGCGGGAUACCAACCUGCAAUACCAUGGAUUAUCAGCAAGGUGAUCUAGUAUGGGCUAAGGUAGAGGGCCACCCCUGGUGGCCAGCCCUUGUUUGGCCCGGACCCAAGGGUAGCAUCUUCAAGGAAACCAAAAAGAGCAAGCAGAUACAUGUGCAGUUCUUCUCUGAACCACCUACUACUGCCUGGAUCAAGGAAAAGUCUGUUGACAAGUUUGAAGGAAAAGAUUCGCCUUUGUGCCAGCCAGGGAAGAAGUACCACAGUGCAAAGAAAACAUUUAUUAUGGCUCUUGAUAGUGCCCAAAGGCCCUGUGUUUGACUAUCACGGAGAGGUUGCCUCUCAUUGUGGCCCAAGAGAAAGUAAAGAAAGGCAGCGUCAAACGUAAAAAAGAAAUUGGAGUCAAAGGGGGGCCAGUCAAAAAGCAGAAGACAAAUCACACAUCAAGCCUAGUCAAACCAAGCACUGUACCUAAGCCAAAACUGGGACCACUGUCAUUUGUUUCAAGAGGUCGAUUGUCAAUUAAGAGCCGAUACAAUCUGAACACUGACCGAAUUCCUCAGCGAUGGAGGAACGUGUGCGUAAAGCUGAACACAAAGGACAUCCCAGAAGGGCUGCUGCCACAUGAAGUGGUCUAUGUGAACACUGCCUCUUCCCCAGUGGCCAAGGUUAGCAUUGAGAUGCCAGGCGACCUUGUUGAGGAGGAGGAUGUCAACGACUUUGACUCGGAGGAUGAGUACAUCGAUUCAGAUAAUGACCCAGUUUGGAAACCACAGGAUAAAAUAGUGGACGAUAAAGGGCGGACUUCAGAAGAAGACAUGGUGGCUGAUGACUCAGAUGAUGAUCCAGGCUGGGUGCCAGGCAAGAAAGUAGGAGAGGUUACUUACACAAAGAAGAAAAAGGAUUUUACAGGUUUAAAGAAUAAAGUCGUGAGGGCAAAAAGCAAGCAAAACAUAACCAAAAUCAACUCGACAAAAGAAGUGCAAAAAUUAACCAAAAUCAACUCGGCAAAAAGAGUGCAAAACAUAACCAAAGUCAACUCGACAAAUGUAGUGCAAGACAUAUCAACAGCAGAUCAGCCCAAUAGUGGAGACUUCCUGAUAGAGAAAGAAGAAUGUAAGGAUGGAAACAUUCCGUUUUUAUGGCGAUUCAAGAAUGAUGGCUUGAUUCAGAAGUAUGAGAAAAAAGAAGAAAAUGGCAAAGUGUUCUAUCAGAAUACAAACAAUUUCUCUGAUUGGUGGUCUUGCUACGCCAACAAGUAUGAAAAGGUGUCAACUAUGGUGUUCUACAAGGUGCGAAGUGUUGAGAAAGUUAUGCUGACUGGGUCUGUAACCAGCACUAACAGGGGAGACACAACCAGUGUUCCAGCAAGUGAUGUCAAGCAGCAAGACCAAGAGAUCUCGUCCACCACCCCUGAAUUGUGUCCCAUACCUGGCCCAGACAAGGAACAGUUUGAGAUUGGCUCGUUCGUGUUGGACAAGAAGGACUGUAGGAAUGUUGACAACUUUCCCAUUUGGAAGAUAGAGUCAUCCAUGCUUAUCAAGAAGUAUGAGGCGUGCUGCCACCAGGGCAAACUACUGCAUAAGCCUGUGAAAAUUUAUCGUGGCUACAUGGAUAUAGAGCAGCAUUAUCUGCCCCUGAAGACAAAAGUAGUUACCUCCCCCGGCAAUAAUGAUGAGAUGGUCGAGGUGUCAGAAGACACGCGGCCAAAACUGCACGUCAGUCUCAGUUUGGAGUCUUUAGAGUGCGGGAAUAAUCCUCUACUGCGGCAUUUCUAUGUUUACAUGCAAGUGUUUCUCAGCCUGGCAUUAGAACCUGGUUUUUUAGAUGAGAUUACUAAAAUAAAUGAUGAAACUUACAUGGAGCCAAUGAAUGAGAUAAACAAGCUUGUAAAACAGAAACUCACAAACAUCGAACGCAAGGUCAGGUGGACAGAUAACCUGAAGUUUGCCUUAUUGAAGUGUCCUUGCCUGAGAAAUGUGUCUAAACCUGACAUGACCAAAAAAUGUGAGGGUCUGGCGAACAGUGAGGAGACGGUGUCUGAUGCAGUCUUCCUGUUUGGGGGAGACUACCAUCCUGACACUCUAAAAUCAACCAACAAGCAACAUGCCUGUCAGGAGUUCCGUGUUGGCAAGACGGCCAUGCAACACAUUCAAUCAUAUCAUCAGCUUUGUCACUUCAAACUCAACCUGUACGAAAAAUGUAAAGCAAAGAUCAAGUUGAUUCAAGACAGUGACAAGGAGACAGACAUUGAGAAGAUUAUGGACUCCUGUCUGGGCAACAAGGCGUGGGUACUGCAGAAUUUUGAAGACUUCACGACACUUGUAGAGAUCAGAUAGUGGUCCUCGUCUUGGAAUCGUUUGUUAGAUAUGAAAUGGUGGACAGUAUUCUCAAAGUAUGCAGUGUUGUUUUUUGUGCCUCGUCAUCAACUUCCGCAGUAACAAUUGGUAAACUUCCUAUAGCUGAAAACUUUUAAGUUGUUAAUUUUAGCAAGGGGCUGUUUAAUAUCAGCAUAUGAAGGUCAUCAACCUGAGCUUGGAAAAAGUUGAUAUACAGCAGCUGAAAAGUUGUGGACUAGAGCUUCAACUGCAACUAGAGCAAAAGAAAUUGCAGACUUCAGGCCAGGAAGCUGUGAUUUUAAUCUACAAGAAAUGGACUAAAGCCGACAGCAUAGUUACUUUCAGCUGGGGGGUGUUGUGGCCCAGCUGGGGUUGUUGUGGACUCAGUAAAGAAUAAAUUAGCAGUUCACAGUACAAAUAGAUUUACAAGUGAGAAGAUUUAAAUAUCAGCAUAUUGGUGGAAAAUACAAUUUAAAUAUUGCUCAAUCUGCGUUAUGGUGUUCAAUGAGAUUUGAUGCUAUUUAGUAAGAUCUGCCAGUUAAGAUCUGAUCAUGUGUAUUAUACUCUCAAUUUACACCCCAUUGUUAUUUCUGUUACUGGAAGUCUACUUUCUGAAAAUCAAUAUGCUGUUAACCAUUUCAUGGACAAUUAUGAUAAAAAAUGUUUGUCAGUAUAAGGGUUGUUCCAGCCCUUCUCAAUAAAGAAAAUAUCUAUGCAAAUCUUACGAUGUGCCUUUGAUGAAGCAGAAUUUCCUUGAUAUCUUUCUUAACUAAAUUCCAAAAUAGGAUUUACUUUCAUAUUGAGAUCAUUUCUGCGAGUUGGUCAUUUCUUUAAAGAAAAUCUUUCUUACACUAUUUAUUCAUUGACAACAUACAAGCUGUUAAUAACUGAACUUAAUAACAUUAAGAUUUUCGAUUUAUAAGACCUUUAAAAAUUAGUUCCGUCUUUUUAUCAGUAAUCAAUUUUAAAAAUGAGGGUUAAAUAGUUACUGUUACAACUUAUUGUAACAUUGGAUAUCAUUUCUGUGGUAGUAAUAGUUAUGUUGCUAUGUUAUACAUGCAAAAAGGCUCUUGUACAGAUAUGCAAUCUCAGAAAGUUGUUCUUUUACUAUUGUUUUGUAAUUGUUUACUAUCGUUUUAAGGUAAUUUGUUCGAUAGCAAGUCAAUUAAAGUGAGUAUGCACGAUUAUGCCAAAUAUUUAUGAAUUUAUAUAAAAUGUAAAAAAAACAUAUUCUACAUAUAUUUCAAUAUACAUGUAAAAUAAAAUAAAAGUUAAUAAAACAUGUGUGAAAAAAUGUGAAAUAAGCCAGAUAAUUAAUUCUGAAAUCGAAAAUGUCUGUAUAGUCGAAUUCGCCAGCAUGUAUAUCAUGCUUGUACAAUGUGAAUCUAAAUUUAAUUUUAUGGAUCAUUUUAAUUUCCUGCAACGUUAUCUAUUCAUACGACACACAAACUCUUACUCGGAUCUUAAUAAAAAGAGGAAUGCUUUUGUUAUUGUAGGAAAACAUGUAAGAAAUGUCUUCGUCACAAUCGGCUUGGGGCGCAAAUUUGUCUUUGCUGCAUGUUAUGAAAUUUGUCUUCAAUGUAUAAUUUUUCUUGCCAAUUUUGUGUUGUUUUCCCCUAACCGCGAAACCAGAGGGGACUUGAGGUUUGCGCUCUGUGUGUCCGUGAGUCUGUCACACUUUUCUGGAUGCUGCCAGAUCUUUACAAGUUCUUCAUAUUUUUUCAUGAAACUUGAAACAUGGACAGAUGGCAAUAUAGAGAUUAUGCACGUCAUUUCAUUUUGUUCCUACUUACAGAAUUCUGGUUGCUAAAGCAACAAAUAAGACUAGAAAUAUUGCUGAAAAUGGUGGAUCCUGCGAUAACUUUACAAGUUCUUCCUAUUUUUUCAUGAAACUUUAAACAUGGGUAGAUGGCAACAAAUAGACUAGAAACAUAGCUGAAAAUGGUGGAGUUUCAUCUGUAGGGGACUUAUAUAUUGCUUGGCAAUAGCCUUGUUGUAACAUAUUUUUAUCAAUAUAUUACAAUUUAACGCAUUAAAAUCGUGCAUACUGACUUAAACACUUCAAGUUUCAUGCAUAUUUAGAUAUUUGAAUUUAAGUUCAAAGGCAUGAACAUUGUAGUUUCAGUUUAUCCUAGAUAUACCGGUAGUUCUACUUAUAAGCUUUGUUUUUAAUCGAAUAACAGAUGAUGUGUUCGAGAAAGUAGCUGGAAAUUGAUAGAGACUUGUUGAAAGAAUGUUUCAAAAAUUUAAUUAUUUCUUAAAUACAAAUUUCUGAUGUUUUUUACACAUUUUAAAUCAUCAACUCAAAUCUCUUUUUGCACAAAUAAAUUAUUGGCGAGUUAGGGAAGUUAGUCUCAUAUGCAGAGGUGGUAAUCACAUGAUAGUCAAGAUGGCGAUGUUCAUGCCGAUGCCGGUAUUUUUCGCCGUUUUAUAGCCUUUAUUACUUUUAUUUAUUGUUUAAAUGCUGCUCAAUGUCCAGCCUAAUUAGCAAGAAAGUUACUAGCUUUUAUUUUGUGUUGAUAUUCGUCUUUAUCUCAACUUUACUCGCUGCGAAAUUUCUUAGGAUGACCUAAUUAAAGCGCCACUUAUAAAAUUUUCAGGGAGUAGUCAAGAUAUAAAGCAAAUUUCAAUAUGAAAUAAAGGCAAAUCACAUGUAUACUGAUAUACUGUAGCUGGAAAGUGAGCGUCUUUUAAAAAUUAAAGAAAAGUAUUAAAGGGUAUAAAACGGCAAAAAAUAACUGUCUUGGCAUGGACGGGGCCAUCUUGACUAUCACGUGAUAACCCCCUCUAUAUGUGACAAUUACAUCAUGACCUAAUUGAACAACUCUUUUUCCCUAUCAUAACUACAAUUAUGAUACUGUUCUGAACAUUUUAAUUUUAUGAAAUUUAGCUCGAUUUGCCAAAAUUCUUUUCACUACAACGUCUGUACAGACAACUACACCAAAAUGAAGGCACCAAUCAAAUUUUACCUCUUUCAUGACAUUACCUGUUAAGUGACCAAAACACCUAUUUUUUAUGCUCCUGGUAGGGUGGCAUAUAGGGGUUGAACUGUCUGUCAGUCAGUCUGUCCGUCCGAAAACUUUAACAUUGGCCUAACUUUUGCAAUAUUGAAGAUAGCAACUUGAUAUUUGGCAUGCAUGUGUAUCUCACGAAGCUGCACAUUUUGAGUGGUGAAAGCUCAAAGUCAAGGUCAUCCUUCAAGGUCAAGUCAAAAAAUACAAUCCAAGGGAAGUAAUAAGCUUUAAAAGGGAGAUAAUUUCUAAACCUGCCAAAUGAUAUAUUGAAAAAAAAAUUCAAAUCAGCGCAAUAGGGGGCAUUGUGUUUAUGACAAACAUAUCUCUUGUUUUAGAACACCUUUUGUUUACUGCAUAGUGUUUGACCAAUCGCAUGGUAUACAAGCAAGUUAUAUAGCUCUGUUUUAUUUGAUACGCAUAACACGUACACUCUCAAUCAAUAAAAGGUGACAUCAUAGAUUCAGUUUUCAAACAUCACAACACUGAAGUAACUAGCAGUCAUACAGGUUUUGUAUUUCUACAUGCCAAAUGGAAAUUAUGGAUUUUUAUUUUGCAGAAUGUAAGUUUUUUUUAGUUAUAUGUGCAUUCAUAUUAUAUUUUGUUUUAAAUAUGUACCUUAAUGAUGUCACAUCCGAAAUUGUUCCCAACACUUCUAGUCUCUAGUGUAUGUGUUAUAAAAAAAAACAAUUACAAAGCCAAUUUAAGACAAUUAAGUGCUAUUAAUGAUUUUUAUUCUAUUUUUCCUCAGUAAAAACUUAUUGUCGGUGGUUAUCAUUACUGUUUUACUGAUUUGGUUGUACAUGUAUAAAUAAAACAUGAACAUUUUA